AUGCUCACCUUGGCCGCCAAGUGCGAGGCCUGGAUCGUCAAGAAGGGUGGGGCUAAGGCCCACACCAAAACCAUUGUCCCAAGCCAACGGAAGGAGAUCACCAAGUUUGCCUACGUAGAGAACCACAAGCUCCACAAUCAAGCCGGUUUCUCUGCCUCCCGCACCUUCCCCCACCUUGUCCAACCAAGCUCAGCCCGCGAAAAACUUCACACAGCUUAUUAG